CUUCAACAUGACCAGUCAUCUAAAAAACCUCCGGAUUUGACCUUCUUUCUAUAUUAUACUGCGGCCUACCCACAGUAAUAAUAAUAUCUCCUGUUAGAUAUACCUUUCAACUUUACAUAUGGGUGGAAUUUGCCUUGUUGAUCGCUAUAUCUAAAAAUCCCCGAUAGUUUUGUCGGGGUAACCUUUUCUGUCGACCGUCUUAGGUUCAGCCGGGAGUAGUCGACAGAACAAAAACCUUGUUUUCAUUUUCCCCGUCACUCUGAAACAUCAUGGACUUGAUGUUUGACUGGGAAUAUGAAGGAGAUAGGUUCUCAUUUGAAGAUAGCGACCGUUUUGAGGAGGAUUCCCUCUGUUCCUGGCUAAGCGAGCCAGAAAGCCUGUGCAAUAAUUGGCGAGGUUGGAAAAGGCAAAAUGGAGGGCAGACGGUUCCUAGCAUUCGUGCACAGGAAAGCAAAGUGACUCCACUGGUGGAGUUAGCAGCGCAGGCCGUGGCUUGUCAUAUACCAUUUGAAGUAGUGGAGCACUUCCCUCAGCCCAUUCCUGAACAGCUGCAGCUGCGCAUCGCGUUCUGGAGCUUCCCGGAAAAUGAAGAGGAUAUUCGACUGUACUCCUGCUUGGCUAAUGGCAGUGCGGAUGAGUUCACCAAGGGAGAGCAUCUGUACAAGAGCAAGGCAGUCAGGGACGCUCUACAGAUAGGCUUCCAUCUGAGUGCAACUGUCAUCCAUCUGAACCUGACGCAGACCCAGGGUAAAGGAAGCUACAAUGUUGCCGUGGUCUUUGACCGGCGGCGCAUCUCCUCAUGCACAUGCACUUGCAACAGCAGUCCCUCUUGGUGUUCGCAUAUUGUUGCAUUAUGUCUAUAUCGUAUACAUCAGGCUACGUCAGUAUGUUUGCGAGCACCAGUGUCCGAGUCACUUUCACGUCUUCAUAGAGAUCAACUACAGAAAUUUGCUCAGUAUCUUAUUACUGAACUGCCACAACAAAUUUUACCAACAGCUCAACGGCUUCUAGAUGAACUGUUAUCUUCUCAGGAAACAGCUAUAAAUACAGUGUAUGGGGCACCAGAUCCUACUGCUGGGCCUCCUGCAAGUGAGCAGACCUCAUGGUGUUUAGAUGAAACAACGCUUCAUGAAAAUGUGAAGAAAACUCUAGUCAAGUUCUGUGUCCCAUCUCCAAUAGUAUUUAGUGAUGUGAACUACCUAUCAGCCAGUGCACCUCCUGCAGCUGCAGAAUGGCAGAGUCUACUACGGCCACUGAGGGGGAGAGAGCCUGAGGGCAUGUGGAACUUGUUGUCCAUUGUGAGGGAGAUGUUCAAGCGACAUGACAGCAAUUCUGUACCCCUGUUGGAGAUUCUCACAGAUGAGGUUCUACAGUGUGAACAGAUACUGAUUUGGUGGUUUGCCACAAAGGCCUCAGCUUCUAAUAACAGUAAUGCUGUACACUGUAGCCGAAGUGGAAACAGCUCUGCAAAUGCCACCCAGCACGCUGCUGCGAGUCUGUGUGAAGAAAUAGUAACUCUGUGGCGACUAGCUGCUCUCAAUCCUAAGCUCUCACCGAUUCAAGCUGAUGAUCUAUGCACCAAGUUCAAGGAGUGGCACAUCCAGACAAUAGAGAAAGUCAGGAAAGCUCGCGGAUCUAAUUCCAGCAGUUCAGGAGGAAACAUUAAGAAGAGUGACAUCGAAAACUUUCCUGGGUUCAAACCCUCUAUUGAGGCUUGUCAGAUGACAUGGGAAGACUACCCUAUUCCUGGGGUAACCUACUCAGACAAAGAUGGAUCUCGGUAUGUGUAUCACUUCAGCUCUAAGGGCUCUGAUGGGGAGGGAAAGAAACCAUCCAGGGUGCAACCAGUCACUAUAUGCUCAGAAGACAUUAUUAGCACUGAUAAUUCUCGAACUCUUGCUCAUUCCCAAAGAUCUCAGGAUGCACGGGCACGUGCCCGCCAUGAAGGACGACCGAUGAAUAUGCGGAGAGACUCUGCCAUCAAUGAUGGAGCAGCAAGCUCAGGUUCAGAAGGGUUUUGUGAGCCCGAACGUGGAUUUCGGGACUCUGAUUCUAGUUACGAUAACAAAGGAUUUCACUCUAGGAGUAACUCCUUGGAUGAGCCAGAUCCUGGCCAUGUAUACCCAGGCCAGGUCUCACACAGGGAGAAUGUACGUGUCAUGGUGCAUCAAGACAGUGAUGUGUUCGAUGAUGGGGUAGUAGACGACCGGCCAGACCCUGUUGGUCAGGAUCUGGCCAACCCAAGCCCCCAGGAAGAAGGGGCCAUGCUGUGCCCUGGAGCUUCAGCGCAAUCUAGUCAAAGUCUUGAAGCUGGUGCCCCUGCUGUUCGGCCUGUUGAACAAUCUACCUCAGAAUCCCAGCAGUCUAGUGAUGAGUAUCAGAUGUAUUUCUAUGACCCCAAAUCAAAGCUGACUGAUGCAGACAAGAAGAAAAAGGACAAGAAUGAGGAGCCUAACUAUUUUGCUGGCCUGAAGAACCCACAGGAGGUCGGCAAAAUCCCGGAGAAGAACCCUUCAUCUCAGGAUAACUUCCAAACCUCUGCUCCUCUGUCGCAUAUACUGUUUGCUCGGGCAGAGGCCCUCCAUGCACAUGGCCACACGAAAGAGGCCUGUGAGUUGGCCAAGCAGUUAGCCGAGGACUUGCUGACCAACCCACCAGACCUAAUAGCUGAGUCGGCCAAUGUGCCAACACCGAAGUCCAAGAAGAAGAAGGCCCUGAACAACAUCAGCCUGUUAGCCAGUGCCACACUGUCCAAGGCUUCCUUCCUGGUCAGCGUUCUUUGUGAAGGGCUCGACUGCCACCAUCUGGCCUUCCAAGUUGGGAUGUUUGGACUGGAGCUUGCAAGACCACCUGCAUCCAGCAAGGCACUUGAGGUGAAGCUUGCCCACCAGGAAUCUGAGCUGCUGCAGAUGUUGAAGAAGAUCCCUCUGUGGCCGGCCGAGCUGGGUGUCCUGCGGGAAAGGGCAGAACAGCUGCGUGACGGCAAACUGCAGACAAGAGGCGACGCUCUUCUGCCGCUACACCUUGCUACUUUCAUCUUUGACUCACUUUGUCUUCCAGGUGUUGUUGCAAACAGAAGCUUGGCAGAUGAGAAGCUUGGAUUUGAGGCUGCUGUGACAGCAUUAGGUUUAAAAGCGAAUGUGUCAGAGGCUGAGCAUCCGCUGCUUUGCGAGAGCACACGGAGACAGAGGGGAGAGCUAGCCAUGUCCAUGUUGGUUCAGUACAAAGAUGACCAGGUCAAGCUUAGUAAGAUAAUGGACAAAUUGCUGGACAAGGAAGUCCAUCAACACUUCAAAGCUCCGAGCCUGGUGACCUACCUGUCGAGUAGCAAGACCUCAUCUAGUCAGGGCCCAUUACCAGGGCCUAGUCAUGCUGCCGCCCAGGGUGAUCUGCUGGGAGCUGUUGGAAACAUCUCCGCCCACCCCAACUCAGACAUGGACAAUUUGUUUGUACCAGACCGAGCACCAAUGAUGGGAGGUGGCAACCCUGAUAUAGGUGGCCAGUGGCAGGAUGUAAGACCUGGACCGUCAGGGGGAGCUGAUGCCCUUCCCCCUCAACACCCCUCCCACUCUGGCAGUGGGAUGAUCACAGGAGGGGCCAGGCCCAAAACUUACACUCACAGAUAUAAUAUGAACAGUGGCAAGGACACUGACAGCUCUGCCCUGGAGGAAGAGGGAGAUGACAUCAAGGCUCUGGAAGCCAAGAUCAGGUGUCUGGGUAUGAAGAAGAAGCCUUCCCAAGGUAUGGCCAGUAUUGACAGCAGUGCACCGGAAACAACAUCAAGCGACAACUCCCCAACCCUGGUGCGACGCAACUUCGGCAAACACCAGGGUCCCGGCAGCGACUGCGGCAGCAGUGGGGACAGCAGCGACUCCCUUGGCUCCAGCAGCUCUGGGGACAAGGGCGCUCGAGGCCUGCAAAGAGACAACGAAAGUCCGCCCAGUCCAUACAUCAACAGGAUCCUGCCCUCACAGCUCAUGAUGGACUCGAGAAGCUCAACUCCAAACAUCAAGGGAAUUAGGUACAAGGGAAAGAACCGCAUCAUGCCAACAGUGCCCAACCAGCCUAGCGAAGCUUCUGCCCACUUCAUGUUUGAGCUUGCUAAGACUGUGUUGAUGAAGGCAGGAGGUAACAGCUCAACGUCACUCUUCACACAGCCUUCUAACAGCAACAACCAGCAUGGCCCUCACAGGAACCUGCAUCUAUGUGCGUUCCAGAUAGGCUUGUAUGCCCUUGGACUCAGCAACUGCGUAGCGCCCAACUGGCUGUCUAGAACUUACUCCUCCCACGUGUCAUGGAUCACAGGUCAAGCCAUGGAAAUUGGCAGUGCAGCAAUCAGGAUACUGAUCGACACAUGGGAGGGUCAUUUGACUCCUCCAGAGGUGGCCUCCCUCGCAGACAGAGCAGCAAGAGGGCGUGACCCCAACAUGGCAAAAACUGCAGCAGAGCUUGCUUUGUCCUGCUUGCCACAUGCCACCCUCAACCCUACAGAGGUGCAGCGAGCCUUGUUCCAGUGCAAAGAGCAGAGUCAGGAGAUGCUGGAGAAGGCAUGUCUGGCUGUGGAGACUGCAGCAGAGGGAGGGGGAGUCUUCCCCGAGGUGCUCUUUGAUGUGGCCAGACACUGGCAUGAACUAUCUGAGGAGGCUGCACAAAAGACAUCAUCUGAAGCUGUGGAUGUCUGUGCCAACGCUGCCAGGGCAGUGCGAGUGGAGCCCGAAAAUCAGGCUCCUGUGGCUGUUCCUGUUGUUGCUGCUCCUGUCCAGCCGGUGGCUAACAACCCUGACAGGAAUAGCCCCUCAGCCCACCCAGUCCUUCCCUACAACCACAACCCACCCCAGAGCCAAGCUAACGCUACAGCUAGUCCUCAGCUCCUGACUCAUAGCAGCAAUCCUGUGGCACACCAGGCCGUUGUACUAAGCCCCUAUGCUAUUCCACAGACUGGUCCUCACCAUGCACAGCUACCUCAAGCAUAUGUACAACACUAUAAUAACUGUUAUGUUCAACAAGUGCCUGCUGCUGCCUUCAGCCACUACUCACAGCCACACUUAGUACACCCUCAAAGUAUCCAUCCAGCCUACGUGACCCAGUACUACCAAAACCAGGCUCCAUACGGCAACAUCCAGAACCUGUCUGGACACUCCCAAGUGUAUCACACAUCUGCCACCCACAUCCGACCAAUCACCCCAGCGGUUCCCAUCUACGCUGGAGCUAACUGCCAAGUGGCAACAGUCCAAAACAUCUCCAACCCCAUCUCCAGUCACAUUCACGGACUCCACCAGCUGGAGCCAGCCACCAGCACAGCCUCCACUGGGACAAUCGGUCAGAUCGCGGUCGCCAGUCCCCAGCCAGCCGCCCAGCCCCCUGUACACAAUCAGGAGCAGCUCAAGUACCUGAUGGCAGCCUUCAGGGUGGGCAUGUCGGCUAUGGAGACACUUGCUCGUCGUGUCCACGACGACCGCCCUCAGACAAAGUAUGCUCGGAACCCACCCUAUGGGGAGGAUGUGAAAUGGCUCCUGGCUAUAGGCAUCAAACUAGGAACAUCAACUCUCCAGCAAUUCUGUGCCAGUGCAGUGAAUGCUGUAGUAAGCCCCUUCGUCCUGUAUGACCUAGCAUCCGAGGCAGCCCGCUUCCUGGCCAGGAACAACCAAGCCCAUGUGCCUAGUCAGCUUAGAUCCAACAUCCUCAACUCCAUGUUCCAGAAGUGUCUGCAGAUGUUCAUACAGUGUGCCCAUCAGAGAAUUCAUCACAUCACAUACGCUGACUACGACGACUUCGUCAGCACAAUCUGCAGCGCCCGUAACGCAUUCUUCAUGGCCCCUGGUGGUGUCGUGCAGUUUAAUGAACUUCUACAAAGCCUGCGACGCUCAAAAUCGUGUCGAAAAGACCUAUGGCAGAAGAUCAUGGGAGGUCUAGCUACAGGCAGUGUUUGACGACAGGUUUUAGGUCCUUAGUCAAUUGUAGUUCAGAUAUUGUGUUCAGAUGUUGGAUGAUAAUGACUUAUAUUUGUAGCAAAAAUGAAGUCCUGUUAUUUUUUGUCUAUGAAAAUGAAAAAAAAAUACAUAAAAAAUUUACCAACAAACUGCCAGGAUUUUUGUGUGUGUUGAGAUGUGAAUGCACACUUUGUGAGGCACUUCUUGGAAGUGUAUAUAUACAUGUAUUACGAAUAGUAAUUGUUAGAAUUUUAACGUACUUAAAACAUUGUACCUGUUCUGCAUGUUAUUUUAGAUUGUGAGAAAGUAAUUUAAAGAGUAUUUUUGAAAAAUGCUUAAUAAGCUGUUAAGUUGUUGAGCUUUUUCAGCAUUCACCUGUAUUUCCUCAUCUUAUUUCCCUUCCUUUUUUCGUCAUGUAUUUAAACUUCAUAUUUAUAUACCCUUGUUAAUCAUAUUUUAUACAUUCAUUAGUUUGAUUUCAUUGAUCUUUAGAUAUUAUUGGUUAUGUUUUCUUUGCAUCUGUUGAAUGUUGAUUCCUUAUUUUGCCAUAUCUUACAAUUUCUACAGAACAAUUUCAUAUUCUGUUGUUGUAUUUACAGCUUUAUUAUGGUAUUUUGAAUAAAGCAUUAUUUUACAUAUCCAAAGAUUGGUCACUUAAUUUUGAAACAAGGAAAUUAGAUUUUCAGCUUUAUUCACUGAUUUCAGACUGCGUAAAAUUUCAAUUGACAUGUAGUUAUAGACACAGGGUUUGUUCAUAUUAUCUCACAGUAUUCGUCAUAGGAUUCAGGUUGUGUCACAUCAUACCACUCAAUGUGAAAUUGUUUUGUUGACUUCUGUAUACAGAGACAAAGACUAUUCUACGUUUAUUUUAUUACCCAUUGGGGUUCUUGUUCUACAAAAUACUGUUUAUCAAUGCCAUCACCAAAUAUAUACAUAGAAACGAAUCAUGUCAGUGAAACUGAAGUUAUUAUUUCUCAUCACAAACCCAUCACUCGUUCACAGGGAACAAUUACCCUGUUCACUCUUCUAAGAAACCAGCUAAUGGCUAAAUGUUAAUAAUGUUUAAGUGAACUGUGUUUCUUCGAAAGGAAAAUAUUUACAUUCUGUGAAAUGGGAUUGAGAUGCGCCACACAGAUUAUAUAAGCCAUAGUGUAUCACUAAAUCUUUCUUCACAUUCCAUUUAGAUUGCAUCUCUUUAAACCGCUAUUCCAUGCAUACAAUUUACAGAGGCAUCAUUUCCAACACUUCAAACGGAACUAAAAUAAUAAGUAUAAUAUUCUGAUAUUGUUUCAGUUCAAUUCCAGACAACUAUUUCUCAUCUUUGGGGAGAAGUGAAACAUUGAUAGGUGUCAGUCCAAGUUAAUUAUGACUAAAUAUUUGAUAUGCAAAGUAAUACUUUAAAUCCUAUGCAAAAGAAUUCAAAACAACAGGUUCAUUUGCCCAAACACAUUAUAAUCUACUAUUCAGAUUUCAUGAUUCAUCCGUUGUCUGAAUGUCUAUGCAAAAAAUCAUGUUGAGGUAUCGCAUAUACAAAUUUUAAAUACUGCAGCGUUGUGAAAAUAGCAUAGAGCUUGCUACACAUUGCAGAAUUAAUUUAUUUUUGUACGCUGUCAACCAUUAGUGACUUGUUUAUUUGUAACAUUUGAAUCCACAUAUAGAUCUUUUAGCAGUUCUAGGACAUGUUGUGUUAUUUCUGAGACAUUUCAAUUCAAAAUCAACGUUUGUGCAUCCUAAGCGAUGUUACUUGGGUAGUAUGAAUAUGAUUUUUUGUAGUGAUAUUUCAAUAAAUCAAAUAUACAUGUGCUUAUGUAGUGGAAACGUUCAAAUGUUUAAGGAUACUGAUCAGACCUUGUUAUUUGAAUCGCCAAUAUGAAGUUGCUCAAUUUCUUUAAUUUCUGCACAGGUAGAUUAAUGAGUAAUAAUAUUGAGAUAAAUAAUGGUUUAGUUGAACGAUCAUGUGACCUAUGUAAUGAGUGACAGAUUUAGAGUGUGUCCAUUCUAUACCUCAAAAGUAGAAAUGUGUUGGAUGGGAGAUUCCUGUAACAAAUGUUUCAUGAGAUAUUGUUUUCACUUAUCCCAUGUUUGGCAAAGUAUGACUUGUUAGGAUCGCCUAGCAUAUAGAAAGAUUUCCUUACUGUAUCAGGCUUGCAACAGGAGAACAGUUGGAGAUGCUUGUCUGAGAUAAAAAUGGUAAUUUAUUUCUAAAAAGAUAAGAAAAUGAACAUAUGUUGUCCACAUUUGGCAAUCAAAAUGUCAUGCAUUCUAUCUACCAUUAGUGUAUAGCAUAAUUUCAGCUGUGAAGGAUUCCACCAGGAUAUUAAUGCUCAGGAUAUAUUUAAACAUGCAGCUAAAGGUUUCUCAGAUUGAAUAAUUGGAUUAAACUUGACUGUUUCAUUUGAGUAACUGUUCUCGAAAGGAAUGGUUGUUAAGCUACAAGGGCGCUGAAAUCCAGAUAGACAGCCUCUACAGCCCUGUUUGCAGGUUUAAGCUUAUGGAAGACUUUAGCAUUCAUUUAUUGCAAGUGGUGAAAGUAGGCUCCAAGCACCUGUCGCUUCCUUAGUGAUCUUCCAUUGACACAACAGGGUCUUGAAUAACUUCUUAGGCUUCCAUGAACCUCAGUCAGGAAUAAGAAGAGCUCACUCAGAGGGUAUUCUCGAAGACCAGGGGAUGAACUGUGUCAAAUACUUGUUAUAAGGAGUCUUAAAAACGUGUUAGAGUUUAUUUUGAAAAGUUGACUUCGGGGAAGAUUUGUUGAUGCCCAUUUUGUACUGUGUGCUUGUAAGUUGUUUAUGAGGACUGUUCUCUUGCUUCCUCAUCUAUUUAGGUGGCUAUGUUGUCGUUAGUUCCAUCAAUUGCAGCAAGAUCAUAAAUGCCAUUCUGAUGUUUUCUGUUGAAAAUCAUACAUUAGAAUGUUCAAAGUUGAUUUUGAAAUUCAAGUAGACUUUAAAUUGUAACAAGGAUUGUUAAUUUAAAGGUCACUUAUUUGCCAUGAAGAAAUUAUGAUUAUUCUUCAGGUAUCAGGAGUAAAACAUUGAAGCUUUCAUGUAAACUGUGCAGUUUUCAUGGUUAGGAAGAUGCAAUUUGAUGUAAACGAAGUGUAUUAAUAUCAUCUGAAACUAAGAACACAAGGAACUGUACCAUUUUUAAUAUGAAAGCAAAGAAAAAAGUUUCAGUUGUAAGAGUUACUUCAAAUCAGUGACCAUUUCAGCAAUAUUUCAUUGAUUGUUUUCAUAACUCUCAUUUGUCACCAUUUGAUGUUUUAUGUCAUUUCUGAAUGAAUGUUAAUCUUUGUCAAAUUAAAUACAAGAAUGAGUGCAAUAAUAAUAAUGACUUCAUUUCAAUUGUCAUACUCAUUUUCCAAAUUACCAGUUGAUCAUUUUUAUAAGUAGAUGCUGAUAUAUUUUCUUGGUUUAUUUAUUCCUCGGAAUUGCUCAUUUAUUUAUGUGUGCAGUCUUGUUGCAAUGUUGAGAACAUGACACAUGGAUUGACAGUUCGGCAGGUUCUCAAGUUAUGCUGUUAAAACUAUUUUCAAAAGUGAUGAAAUUCAAGACCUCAACAAAAAACAUGGUCUUAUCAAGAUAAAUAUUUUAUAUCAAAAUUCAAACAUAAGGUCCAAGAUGCAUUUUAGCUUUGAAAAAAAAGAUUUUUAUGGAAUUAUUUUUGUCAGUCAGAUACAAGCAAUCUGAUGCCUCCAAGAAAUGUGGCAUUACAUUGCAUGCUCGUUUGUCCAGUGUAUUAUAUCUCAAGACAAUUUUCACAAAUACCCUCAACUCAUUCCCCAUUGUAGGUUUGUUUUGAGCUGAACAACAAUAGCAUGAUGCUUAAAAUGGUCAUUCAGUCGAAUUACUCGAAUGAGUUAAGUCAGAGAGAAAAGCAGUUGUUACUGAUACAUCACUUCCGAAAUAAAGCUGUAGUGGUGACUGGGUCCAGGGUAUAUAUUCUAGGAGAGAGAUUUCAAGGGAGAUAAUACACUGUAUAAAAUAAUCUUGGAUGCUACCUUGCAGCCCAUGUGCCAUUAAGAUGCCAGUCCAAUGUUCCAUUUUGAACUAUUUUUUGAGAAUUAGUUGAUCUCUUUAACUCAUGCCUCCAUGAUUAGAAUGUCUGCGAAUCAUUGCAGUUAUGUCAUGAACCUGUUAAGUAUGUGAAAUGUGUUACUUCUUUGUCGAAUGUUGAUAAAUCACAUCACUUUAAGAACUAUUAAUUCAACUUUAUUCAAUCCGCUCAUUGUUUAUAAAUUUUCAUGGCCGCCUAUUCAUGGUGCAAAUUUUCAAUGUCACUUGUAUAAAGAUGUUCAUGAUAUAAGCUAAUACUAUUCUGCAGCGCUGCUUCUUUUACAUUAAAUUAUCAUUCAGUAACUUCUUUAAAACGUAACUGUUCCUUUGUUUGAAGGAUGUGGCUUUUGUCAAUGUUGCCUCCAUUCUUUGGAUCAGAAUAUAUAGAUUCAGAAUGUGAUUGACUAUCAUCACAGGUAACAGCCCCUCUUCAGGAAUCAUACUGUAGAAAACUACCAUUUGGGGAAAAAAUGUUUGCACUGAACUUCCAGGAUACCAGAAAAUUCUUGAACCAUUCACCUUCGAGGCAUUGCCCACCCUAAUUUUGUACCUUCCAUUCUGUACCAUCACUGAGCUGGGAAACAGUGUAAGAACAGUCACUGCUUGCUUUGUUUGAUUUCUGCUUUAGACAGUAUUAAAUACGUUCCUGUCAAUUAAUUUAUUGGUUAAAUAUGCUGUUUCUAUCAGCCUUGUACUGUUUGUGUCUGUGAAUUUGGUGAUGAUAACUUUGUUUCAAUAAAGAACUUUGUCCAACAACCUCA